AUGGUGACAUAUUUGGUGCAGUCCUUAGAGCGACUGUUUGCCAGCCUCGUACCUUAUGGCAACCGUCCUCUGCAGCCUGCAUGGCAUUUUCCAGUCCACCUGGCGAUAUGUAUCUUGACCAUCGCUCUCCCUGUUGGAAAACAGGCAAGAUUGCUCGUGGUGCUUCCAGCAGUGCUUUAUAGUACUUUCUCCAGGAUCGCCUACACAACAGGGGCCGUCAAGGACGACUACUUCAAUGCCAUGCAGUUUCUGGUUCUCACUCUCAACUUUGUGAACCAUCUGGUCCUAAGGCCAUACCUUACAGGGAAAGAGGCUCGAUACAUGUCCUCGGGUUCCUCAAGAGCUAGAAAUAAUUUAAAGGAAAAAGUCGAGGAGCAGCGGACCACAGAUUCCAGGUUGCAAGAUUCCAGGUUGCAAGGCAAGGCAUUGUCCGAGUGCACAACCUUUGCACAAAGGUUGGGGUGGACCGUAAGGCUGCUCACCACAUUUCGCGGCAUUGGCUGGAAUUGGCAGAUUAAGAAGAUCCCCGAGAACCCGGACCUCGAUCUAUCGAACGGCCAGGCAGCCGUGCGCCAUUUCCGUCGUCUGAUCUCUGUCUUGGUAUUGCAUGCUGUAUACCUCUAUAUAAUGACUUUCACAGGCACGCUGCAGACCCGAAUGCGCAGCAGAGACGACUCUCCAGCCUGGCAAAGAUUGCUCCUACACACGCUCUUCACUUGGUCAGUACAGCUCUGGAUGAUCGACAGUUCCAAGAUCAUAUACCACGGUCUUGCAGCCACAACACUCGCCCUCAAAAUGCAAAGCCCAUCAGACUGGCCACCCUACUGGGGUCCGUUUUCUGACUGCUGGAGCGUUCGAACAGUAUGGGGCGACUCUUACCACCAAUUAUUUCGCCACACGUUCGACAAUUAUUCAAAUCUUCUGGUCUCGUUGCUGGACCUCAGCAGAGGAAGCUUUGCUAGCAGAUACACAAAGCUCUACACCUCCUUUUUCGUAUCGGUGGUGAUACACUGGUGGUUCUCUUUCUGCGCUGCACCGGAUGAGCAGGGGAGUUUCUGGUUCUUCAUGUCGCAGGCCGUCAUUAUCAGUGUGGAAGACGCGGGGAGGUGGGCCUGGAGAGCGGUGACCGGGAGAAAUGAAAACGACGAACUCACCACGUUCGAGAGGGUAUUUGGUUAUGUUUGGACAUUCUGCUGGUUCACCUAUUCCUGGCAGAUCGAGAUCCACUUCCAGAUGGGAACGGUGGAGCCUAUGCCUUUCGAGCCGGAUCUGAGGGGUAUGGCGAGUCGUCAUGCAUUGCUGUGGAUGUAA